UGCGGCCUUAGACGCAAUCCCAUUUAUGACGUUACAUAAUAAGUAGGGAGUCGCCCUGGCGCCGUUAUACAGCCACUUGUGCCUCUACCGCACUUCUUACAUCAUCUUGACCAAUCGUUACGCGUCCUAAUUGACAUGUGACCCACAUGUGCGCGUUGAAGAUCUUAGCAGUAGCGGUCAGAUCGUAUCCAGCCUCCGGCACGAGCGGUCAACUAUAGAGAGACGUGCAGCCGUCGACAACGCUUACUACUAUACGUACAACAAUAGAGGACAGUGACAAUUUGAGUACAGCUAAAGUAGCAGAUCGCUUAGUACACAUACGUUCAGCAUGAAACCAGACAAUCGGGAAGUUGUAGUUAUGGGACAUAGUUUCAUCCGUCGACUUCGGGACGACAGUGACCUUCCCAACAAUCUUGGUAUUGCUGGAUCUAGAGUACGCUACUUAGCGCGAGGUGGCGCUAACGUCCACAGCAUGUGGCAAUUUCCCGAUCUUUGGAGCGCCGUUUCCUCAGCCGACUUCAUAUAUUGUCAGUUGGGUGAAAAUGACAUUCGCCUUGGCCACGAUCCCACACCAGUCAUCCGUUCCAUCCUGUUCUUAAUUGAUGAAAUCCUCCGCCGUAACCGUCGCAUUCACUUAUACUGGGGCCAGCUUUACCCUCGAGCAUACAAACAGAGGGGUUACCUGAAGCAGGAAUCGGACCAGGAAUCUUUCAAUGGCCAAGUCGACGUUAUCAACGACGAACUACGAAGACAACUUUCAACCAAGUCACGAGCACACUUCUGGAAACACGUGGGAAUCCAAGAUGCGUGGAAAGACGUCCUCUGCUCCGACGGAGUUCAUCUGAACACACGGGGACGAAAACGUCUCUGGCGAUCGAUACGGGGCGCUGUAAUCCAUUCGCGACGUCAUCUGCGUGAGUAUACCACGCUCCUUGCAUCAAGUCGCCUACUAACUAUAUUUAGUUUUAUUGUUUAUUCAGGUUAUAAUAAUUAUACGCAUUCCGUUAGGUUACACACGUUGCCAUCAUUUUAUUCUUUUGAUUCGCUUCUGUUUAAAUAGUUGCGUACGUUUCACGUUUUCAUGGCCUUUCGUUACAUCGUAGCACAUUCUGCAGUCGCUAUCUCCUAUCACCGCCACAUACGUUUUAUAUUAUCUCGUCUCAUUCGUUACAUGGUUUACACGUUUCAUACUACAUUAAUUUAUACGUUUUCAGAUUACGUUCCGCACACUGAAACACGUGAUACUUACGUUCGUUAUUUCACUACAUGCUACAUCCGUUAUUAAGCUACAUACGUUACACGUUAUUACCGUUAGAUUCGUUACAUUUUCCCGUUAUACUCACUACAGACAUGCCACAUUAAGUUACACGUUUUCAGAUUACUUUCCGCACAAAGAAACACGUUAUACUUACGUACGUUAAUUCGUUACAUGCUACAUCCGUUACUAUGCCGCAUGCGUUACACGUUAUCACGGCUAGAUUCGUUACUGUUCCCGUUAUGCUCGUUACACGUUAUCACAAUAGUUCGUUACAUUUUAUCACGUUCCACUAUUUACACAUCCGUUCACGUACGUUGCUCGUCAUAUUAGCGGAACCUUUCCAUCUUUUUACUCCUCUCACAUAAAACAAACUCACACAUACAGACACCCUCCCCCACUCACCCACAUAGCUGGCAGGGCUAAAAUCUCUGCUCAGGGAGUCACAACAAUUCAUUCUCUAUUUCAGAACAUGAGCCAACUUCCUCACAUCCCUGCACCUCCCAUGGAAGGAUUCUCCUUCCUUCAAGCCCUGCAGGAACACGGGGAAUACGCGACCGCCGUUAUGACGGACGCAAACGCGCAGGUCGCGCAUCAACACAGGCAAAACAGCUCGCCACGAGCAGCAGCCGCCGCCUCAAACCCAAUUCCCACUAGCGGAUCGCUGAUAUCAGAUGCGCACACAAGCAAUACAGCUACUCAAGGUGUCAUAAACAGCCCACCACCUGGCACCUCACAGGGUUACAUGGGUAAUCCUAUCCAGGGUCAGGUGUCCCUGCACGGCCAAGCACCUUUACACACCGGGAGUCAAGAGGCUGUAAGGGCAGUGCCGAGUAACAUGGGUUACUCUGCCCCAUCUCAGCUGCCUACCACGCAGGGUUUCGUGGGUAACUCCGGACAUGUCCAGCCUUCCACGUCGUCGCAGAGUAACUUGGGUUUCUUUGCCACAACACACUCUCCCUUCCCUCAGGGUUACAUGGGUAACCCGGGUUACAUGGGUAACCCAGCCCAGUCUCAAGUUCGUCAGUCGUCACAGGGUAACACGGGUUACGCCUCUAAUCCCGGUCCUUCGUCCUCUCAGGGUUACAUGGGUAAUCCUUCUUCUAACCAGGCACAGUGUCAGCCACCCACUCACCUCCACUGCCCGGCUCAGGACCAGGGCUCUCAAGACUUUCCGCUCUACGCAAACGACAGCCACACCCCAUCCCGUUCCGCUGCCCAGUCAUCUGUCACCCGAGAUCUUACUGGCCGACUAAACAAUACAAUCAACGCAGCCUUGGCCCCUUCAACGCGACGUUCGUACGGAAAAAUCGACAACCUAUUACAGGAUUUUCAGGCGUCCACCGGUUUAGUACCCUUCCCCGCAGACGCUACGAUAACGGCGCUCUUUGCUCAAUAUUUGGCGAUCCGCUAUAAGCCCAACUCCAUAAAAACUUUCAUGUCAGCUUUAAGCUACAGAUACAAAAUGCGAAAUAUGACGGACCCCACAGCCACUUACCUGGUGCGUCAGACGCUUCAGGGCUUACAGAGACUACAGCCUUCUCAGGACACACGCCUGCCAAUCACUCUACCUUUCCUUGAAAAACUCGUAUCCGCCGCCUCGCACGCUUUCGAUUCGAGUUACAAUGCAAUCCUGUACAAGGCCAUGUUCUCUUUAGCCUUUUUCGGCUUACUGCGCAUUAGUGAGAUCACGGCAGGACCAUCGCCUCAUACGCUCUUACGGGACGAUCUACGUUACGAUCAGACCAGCCAUCAACUGACUCUAACCUUUGGAUCGUUUAAACACUCAUCAGUCACCUCUAACUUCCAGAUUUCAAUCAUCUCGCAACCUACGAUAUGCCCGGUAUCCAUCUGUAAAGCUUACCUCCAAGCCCGCCCGGCCUCCACCUACCCCCACCUCUUCGUAAAUCAGGACGGGUCUCCAGUGAGGCGUUCCCAAUUCAACAGAGCCUUACAAGUAUGCCUUGCGUCCGCUUCAAUCGCUAACACGAACAUAAGAAGUCAUAGUUUUCGUAUCGGGGGCGCAACCUUAGCUGCUAGCAGGGGUAUGUCCGACCAACAGAUCCGUUCAUUGGGGCGAUGGCGCUCCAACGCUUUCAAGAAAUACAUCCGCUUUUAGAACCAUUGACUAGACUCUUUUCUUUCCCGAUUACAGGAGAUUUAUGUAUUUAUAAGCGAUAGCUUACUUUACAACAAUUUUAUACGUUUAUUUCGUUAUAGAACUCAUAUACUGAAACGCAAGGGUAUGUACGACCAACUGACCCUUCGGGGCGACGACGCUCCGAUUACGUUAAAGAUAUACAUACGUCUAUAGGAGCAUGGACUUGUCACUUCCCCUCCACUGAUUGCAGUGGUUUAAGCAUUUUUAAAAGACAGCAUAGUUUUACAACAACUUUAUACGCUUAUAUUGUUAUAGAGCAAAGGACUGAUACGCAAAAAAUUUUACCAAAGGACUUUACAACACGGUUCCAGGUACUUCAAAACUAAAUUAAAUAUCCUUUUCCUCUCAUAUACGCAUCAAUGUUCAAUAAUUAAAUUGUUCAUAUCUCAUUAUAGGUGUUUUUUCUUUAAUUACAUUUUUUGGGUGGCGGAAAAACCCCAGGUACAUGCUACACAUGUCCUGGCGUUUUCAUGGCGCUAUUUUCCAGCCACCUUUAAUAAUUACGUCAUUUCCAGCUGUGCCUCAUUCGUACAUAAACGCAGUUCGCGAUCUACGUAUGCAUAACGGGUCGUCUGGGUGACUCCCUACCGCCACUAUGUCAAUGACCUAAUUAUCAAACAUAGCAAAAAAUGUCUCUUUUCAUUCAUUUUUCUACUUAUUUGCAUAAGGAAUAAAUACAAGAUUGCGGCCUUAGACGCAAUCCCAUUUAUGACGUUACAUAAUAAGUAGGGAGUCGCCCUGGCGCCGUUAUACAGCCACUUGUGCCUCUACCGCACUUCUUACAUCAUCUUGACCAAUCGUUACGCGUCCUAAUUGACAUGUGACCCACAUGUGCGCGUUGAAGAUCUUAGCAGUAGCGGUCAGAUCGUAUCCAGCCUCCGGCACGAGCGGUCAACUAUAGAGAGACGUGCAGCCGUCGACAACGCUUACUACUAUACGUACAACAAUAGAGGACAGUUUGACAAUUUGAGUACAGCUAAAGUAGCAGAUCGGUAAGUCUCUCACUUUAUUUCGUUCACCUCCUCCCUCCCCGUCAGCUUCUUUUCUAAGUCCUUUUUCCUCCUUUCCGCUUAGUCUGUCUUCAAAAAGUUUUUCCGCUAGUUCAAAUCCAGUCCUUAGCGGCGCUAUUUUCCAGCCACCUUUAAUAAUUACGUCAUUUCCAGCUGUGCCUCAUUCGUACAUAAACGCAGUUCGCGAUCUACGUAUGCAUAACGGGUCGUCUGGGUGACUCCCUACCGCCACUAUGUCAAUGACCUAAUUAUCAAACAUAGCAAAAAAUGUCUCUUUUCAUUCAUUUUUCUACUUAUUUGCAUAAG